AUGGAGAUUCACGAAAGUGUCAUCGUUGGAUGUCGGAUAAAAAGUCUGUUGUGGCAGAGUGGAAACUACGCCUGUAUCACGAUGGAUGAAGCUCAUGAGCGAUCGACAAAUACCGACAUGUUGCUUGCUCUUCUCAAGAAGCUCAUUCAUCAGCGCAAAGACCCCAAAGCCGUCAUCAUGUCAGCCACAAUCAACCUCGAGAAGUUCUGUCAGUACUUUGGUACUACAAAUGUUUUCGAGACGAAACGACAGAUUAGCGACCUCCAAACUAAGUAUGUCGAGGAGCCACCAACUUGUUACGACUCCGCCGCUGCGAUGUUGGUCAAACAGUUCGUUGCCAACAAGCGCAAAGGGAAUGUCCUUGUGUUCUUGACGUCGGUGCGGGAUAUCGAUAAGACCUGUGCCAUGAUUCGACGAGAAGUGCGAGGCUUGAAGGUACUCCCAAUGUACUCUUCAUUCCCCAGGCAUUCGCAGGAUUUGGCCACUGGUGGUUGCACCAGUCAGGUAUGCAUUGUCGCGACCAACUUUGCCGAGGCAAGUUUGAUAAUUCCGGGCAUCACGUAUGUCAUGGGUAUGCUCUUUGUUGACCACCAUCACCAACCACCAACCAAGACCAUGGAGAAGAUGAACAGUCUCAAAAGAAAUGAGUCCACUGCCGCUGAAGCCGCCGCUAUAGAAGACGGCAAAAUGAACCCCUUUUUUGUGGAACAAGGAGUCACCAUCGUGUUUGAUGAAUGGGCAAGCGGCCUGCUUGUGGCUUGUACGCAACCGCGAGUAGUCGCAGCAACCGGUGUCGCAACCGGUGUCGCAGCCCUUGUUGCUCAAGAGAUGGACGUACAUUCGGGCAGCAUUGUCAGAUACAAAGUCAGAUUCGACAAGCAAAGCUCAGGCGCUAUGCUUCGCGGGUUCCUUUCGAUGACCUUUUCCUCCAGCAAUAUGCUGGCCUAUCCACUGUCGAAAUACAGCCCACGAAAGAACGACAAGAACGACAAUACCGACAUCUUCCUUGCCCUUCUCAAGAAACCUGAUUUUGGCGAGCUGGUGGAGGGGAGAUUCAACUACUGA